GUUGUUCUCUACUUGGUGGGAUGCUGUGGCUACAAUGUUUUGUUCCACCCUUUGGCAAAAUACCCUGGCCCUCGACUUCGAGCGGCGAGCAAAGUGCCAUACCUAGCGGCGAUGUGGACGGGAUACCACCACCGUGCUAUGCAGGAACUGCACGAAAGAUACGGCCCCGUUGUGCGGAUUGCUCCGAACAAUCUUUCAUUCAUCAACCCCCAAGCAUGGAAAGACAUCUAUGCCCACAAGAAGACGCGCGAGCAGGAAAUGAUCAAGGACCCCGAGUUCUACGUAAGAAACCCCGACGCACCCACCAUCGUCAACGGAAACCGCGAAGAACACGCGCGAUAUCGACGCCUGUACUCUCCUGGGUUUUCGGCACGCUCCCUCCGUGAGCAGGAGCCGCUGAUCCAGGGCUACGUGAACAUGUUCAUCAACGGCCUCACUCGGGCUUGCGAGCACGGCGAGACGCCCGUAGACAUGGUCCAGUGGUUCAAUUUUGUCACGUUUGACAUCAUCGGGGACCUCGCGUUUGGGGAGCCGUUUGGAUGUCUUGAGGAUGGCGCGACCGACUGGCUUGCCAAGUUGAACCAGAUUGAAGAGGCUCAAAUGCACUUUCGCAUCAUACAGCAUAUCCCUUUGCUGGGCCGGUAUGCCCGCCAGAUUGUGAAUACGAUGCUUCCCUCGGAUGCUGUGAAGGGAUCAGAGGGGCAUCGGAAACUCACCCAGGAAAAGGUAUCGCGCCGAGUAAACAACAACGCCUCCCGCCCAGACUUUAUGGAACAUAUCCUGCGCCAACCCCCGGGCAAAGGCUUCACAUUUGAGGAGAUGCUGAGCAACUCGGCCACGCUAAUCCAGGCAGGGAGCGAAACCACGGCUACGCUGCUGUCCGGAGCGUUGUUUCUCCUUCUUCAACACCCGGACAAGAUGCAGAAGCUGGUGGACGAGUUGACGACUGCAUUUGAGAGUGACGAUAUGAUGACGAUUGAUAAUACCGAGCGUCUCACGUAUCUUGCUGCUGUCCUCGAGGAGGGCUUGCGUUUAUAUUCACCGGCUGUCGCAGCAUUUCCACGACAGGUCCCCAAGGGCGGAGCCACAAUCGAUGGCCAGUAUGUUGCAGGCGGGAUGUCAGUGGGCGUCAAUCAUUACGCCGCUUACCAUUCACAUCUCAACUUCAGUCGACCGCAUGAUUUCAUCCCAGAACGAUUCAUCGACGUGGAAGAAUUCCCGGACGACCGGCGAGAAGUAUUGCAACCAUUCAGCGUGGGCCCACGCAAUUGCAUAGGAAGAAGCCUAGCUUAUGCCGAGGGGAGACUGAUUCUAGGCCGGGCCGUGUGGAAAUUCGACAUGCGGUUAAGCGAAAAAGCGGAUACCUGGAUGAGAGACCAGAAGGGCUAUGUGACGUGGUUGAGGCCGGAGAUGGAGGUUUUCGUGAAGCUGCGCCACGGAUGA